AUGGGUGCCAAUACCUCCAAGCAAGACGGCCAGGGCGGCUAUCAAUGGAAAGCCUCAGGGCCGCCUAGCGUCUCCUCCGAUGUCCUCGAGUCGAUGCAAAACAGCCCAGAAACCGACGCCUCGCGCGCCAGGCUCAUCGAGCAGCAUAUCCAGGCCCGCGUCGCCGAGGAGCUCAAGAAGCUCCAGAAGCGGGAAUCAGAUGCGCUGAACCUCGCACACGACAAGCUUGCCGCCAGCAACGACGCCACCCCCACAGACGAGAAGGCGCCCAGCCGGUACACUGUCGGCCAGGAAGUCGAGCAGCUGCGGCGCAAGCUCGAGGAGCGAAAGCAGGUUCGCGCCCUGCCGGACGACGUGGAGAAGGCGCGGGGCGAUGUCAUUCGCUGCCUGCGAGAACACGACCGCCGGCCGCUGGACUGCUGGGAGGAAGUGGAGAAGUUCAAAACUGAGGUGAAGAAGCUGGAGAAGGGCUGGGUCGACAAGGUGACGUCGUGA